AACUCUUUCCAUUCGUUCAUUCCGGCCUCUUUUACUGGGCUCCUCAUUUCUAUCAAAAUGUCCAACGUGAGGGAACGGGAGGAAGACACACAAGACUUUGAGCGGUCCCGAAAACGCUCAAAGGUCGACGGUCUGCCUGCUGAUGAUGUAGUCAUGCAAGAUGCUGAGGAAACGAAGCAGGAAGUUAGUCCUCCAGAACCAAGCAACAAACCAGAAGAAAUUGCCGAGAGAUUGCUUCCUCCUAGUCAUGCUUUGCUUGGUCUCCCUCCCCCAAUAUGCUCUCCUGAUGGAACGAUUCAAAUGGUCAUGGAGACCGAUGUCGGCAUCUCUGAGUAUGUCGGACAUGAUGUUCCUACUAUCGAGGGAAUCAUUAAACAAAGGUUCACGGAUUUCAUGGUCUACGAAGUCGACCAAGAUGGUAAUGUAAUUCAUCUGAAGGACCUGGCAAUGCCACAGUCUUCGCGCAAGAAGAGCGAAGAAACGAAACUUUCUGAGCCUGCCACGGAAACUCCUGCUGCCAUACUUACAGAAGAUACUGCUGCUACGAUAGAGCCAAGUCCUCCUGCUGUUGUAACUACCGAGACACCUUCCGAUGAACCUAUGGCUGUCGAGGCUACUGCGGAAGCUACGUCUGCUCAGACCGACGGGACAGAAAAGCUUGAGGCAGAACCUUCAUCGAAAGGAAAAGGAAAGGAAAAGAACGAGGCAGAGCCCUGGCCUGAUCGUUUCGACACGGAUUUGAAGGCCUUCCUGUCAGAAGCGGUUAUAGCCAAAAUCAAGCAGCUCUACUUGGAAGGACCUGAACCGCCUCUAGUCAGUGACAGUGGUUGGGCCGGACGACAAGCAAAAAUUGCGACCCAAGGAGAAGGCGAAGAGUCUUCGUCAGUCCCGGAAACGCCGUCGGAAGAACCUGCGCAACCAAGGGGCAAGCGAGGGAGAGACAGAGGCGGUCGUGGCGGUCGUGGCGGCCGUGGAGGACGUGGAGGCGGUCGAGCUGGUGGGAGGGAAGAUCAUCGCAAAGUCCUCUCUGAUCCCAUUGCGUCGAAGGAGACGCGAACUGGAUUGCACAAAGUCAUACGGGAGCUGUUUAAUGGCAAACUUGAGACUGAGACUGAUACUACGGCGCCCGCUAAUGAUGAUGGUUCUCGCAUUGUCAUCAAGUGGUCGAGAAGUGGGGGAGGAAGGGGAGGUCGUGGGGGAAAGUCUGAUAGAGGAGGUCGGGGUGAUAGAGGAGAGAGGUCUUCAUAUCCUCCUUAUAUGCACUUUACCUUACAGAAGACGAACCGUGACACCCAAGAUGCACUAGCUCAUCUUUCUCGCUCAAUACAUUGCAACAUCAAGGACCUCUCCGUAGCGGGUACCAAGGACAAGCGUGGUGUUACUGUCCAACGAGUAUCGCUCAAGCGAGGGAACAAGACUGUUGAGGAUGUCUGGAAACUCGCAAACGGUGUCGGCCCUCGUCGGACUGCUGAGGAAGCUGUGACUCGUCGUGGUGAACGAGGCAUUCGGAUUGCUGACUUCAAUUAUCGCAAGGCUAGCCUUGAGUUGGGUAUGUUGAAGGGUAAUGCCUUCCUCAUUACGCUGAGGAACGUACAAGUUGACUCUCCGGAGACCAUUGACCGGGCUAUGAAUGUCGUCAAGAACAAGGGCUUCAUUAACUACUACGGUAUGCAACGUUUCGGAACAGCAGCAGUCCCUACACACGCUAUUGGCCUUGCGCUCCUCAAGUCUGACUGGCACAAGGCAGUCUCACUCAUCCUCCGAGUCAGACCAGGCGAACAUCCUGAUGUAGUUGCUGCUCGCAAUGCUUGGUUGGUAGACGGCGACUUGGACAAAGCCCUUGAGUUGAUGCCCAGGCGCGUCGUAGCGGAGAGAUGUAUUCUUGAAAGUUACAAGAAACAAAACGGCGAAACUAGGAACGCUAUGGGCGCAUUGUCAACGAUUCCGAAGAACCUCAGGCUCAUGUAUGUGCAUGCCUAUCAGUCUUACGUUUGGAAUGCGAUUGUUUCCGAGCGUAUUCGCAUGCAUGGAGCGGAGAAGCCUGCAGUGGGGGAUCUGGUCUUCGACAUCGAACCGUCAGAGAAAGGCGAAGGUCAAGACGUCGAGAUGGCUGAGGAGGUUGUUGACGAGGACACUCCGGCAGAAGAAAAAGACAUCGUUGAAGAUGCUGGUCGACCACCUAAGAGAUCUCGGAAGGCAUGGGAACCACCCAAAGUCAAAACUCUGACUGCGGAGGACGUGGACAAGUACUCGAUUUUUGACGUGAUUAUGCCCUUACCAGGCAGAGAUGUUGCAUUCCCCGGAGGUCAGCUCGGGGAACGAUACAGACAAUUCCUCGUUGCCGAUGGCCUCGACCCUGACAACUUUGAGCGGAAGCAGAAAGAGUAUAGUCUUGGUGGUUCAUACCGAAAGAUCAUGCAUCUGCCCAAGGAGUUGUCGUGGCAAGUGCUCAGGUACACAGAUCCCGACGUCGCCCUAGCGCAAGCAGACGAGGACAAACUCUUGGGCUUCGAACCUCCCGUCAUAGAUGAGAACGGCAAGUUCAUGGCAUUGCAAAUUUCCCUGCAACUCGGAACAGCUGCCUACGCUACCAUGGCCUUGCGGGAAGUUACCAAAACUGAAACCAGCUCACACUAUCAAACCAGUCUCACUCAGGCCUCAGCAGACCAAAAGUACAAGGCGUUUGGAGAAACUCUGGCGGUAGUAGAGGACAGUUAGCCGCAGAAACACACUGACGUGGAAGGUACCUAUCCAAUCGAAACGUGAUGUUGUACGUUCUAAUAGCUGGGUAGCAAAUAACUGUCGGAGCCGCUCACAUCGCUGUGAAAUAUGUGUGAAUGUCCCACAGUUCGUCGCAUUGAGUACAGGUUUGCGUGGUAAAUGAGCUGUGUACGUUUGAAGCCUGGGAAGGAGGAAGUGGUCUGUGAGAGAACAAAUGAGUGAGGAUCACCGGAAUCUAGUUCGGUCGCGAGUGGCCGGCGACCGUCGUUUCUUUGCUCACUGCUCUCGCACAUUAUGACUGUGGAUCCUUUACUUUGUAUUCUCAAGCUUGCGAUUGGAGCCCUUGCAUACCGUUAUUGUGGAAUUCGACACGUAUCCUAGCGUUCAUCUUACUAUAAACCUCGACUGAACCCC